AUGGCCAACACGACUAUUGCAAAAUUUCCUUCGAGUUUGUUUGAAGAAUUGAUAAAUGAAAAGCAAUUGAAUUUAUAUGAAUAUGAGCAAUUUAACGAGAUUGAAGAAAUUAGUAUAAAGGAAGAGCGUAAUAAAAUUUAUAAAGCAGAUUGGAAAUUAAAGAAUGUUGUUGUGACAUUAAAAGAAUUGAUGAUUGAUGUUACUUCUCAAGAAAACAGAUCUAUUUUACAUUCUUUUAUUGAUGAGGUAACGAAUGAAUUAAUUUUAGUACGAAUAGAAGAAAAAGAAACCCUUUACUUGCCAUCAAACAACAACUCAUCGUCUUCUCCUUCAUUGUCUUCUUCAAUAACUCAAGAAUCUACUAUCAACAAAUAUAAUAGUAGUAGCAGUAAUAGUGUUAAUAAUAGUGGCAGAUCAUUAAAAACGAAUAGAACUGUUUCCUCUUCUUCGUUUUCUUCAAGAAGAAGUUCUUUUAACGACACUUUGAAUCCUUCUCAAAAUCGAUUAACAGCCCAAUAUAGAAGAAGUUCAUUUAAUGGUGUAGCACUUGAAUCAUCUUCUCCAUCUUCUCCAUCUUCCCCAUCUUCGCCACCGCCAUCAUCUCCUACUUCUGUAACCACAUUUCACCAAAUUCCACAAAGUCCAACAAAAUCAAAUUCUUCAAACAACUGUUUAGAAAGUAAUAAAAAAAUUAUAGCAGAUACUGAUUCAACAUUUUUUGGAAAUUUACUAAAAUUCUUUAUAGAAUUAUUAGAAUUAUCAGGUGAUAAUGACUAUAUAAUAACCAGUCUAAAGGGAUUUUUACAUAAUCAUAUGAGAGAACACAAAUCAACUUUUAAAUCAUUACUAAAAAAUUAUAGUGAUGAUUCAAAUUUUAAUUUCAUAAUAGGAUUUUUCUAUGAAAAUUCUAUUGGUACGGUGCAAGACAAACAAUUAGCUUUCAAUCAUUAUGAAAAAUCUGCAAAAACUGGUAAUUCCAUAGGUCAAUAUUUUUUGGGCAGAUGUUACUAUUGGGGAAUUGGGAUAAAGAUUGAUAGAAAAAAAGCUUAUGAAUGGUUAAAAAAAUCUGCAGAUAAUGAUAAUUUUAAAGGUAAAUGGUUAUUGGGCUUAUGUUAUGAAAGAGGUUAUGGUACAACAAAAGAUUUGCAAAAGGCUUUUGAAUUAUUUUUGAAUAAUGUUUUUUCUUUACUAUGA